AUGGCGGAUAAACUAUUGAAUGAAAAACUUCAUUUGCAACAGAAAACAAUGGCUCAUCUUCUUGGAAGUAAAGCGUGUAUUGAUAGUUUACGCGUUGAUAUCGACGAUUUACAAAGUGUAGCUUAUGAAAUUGUUGGGAAAACGGGAUCGAUCAAAUGUCAUUCAUGGAAGUUUCCAGAUAAGAUUGCCACCGAUAUUGAUAUCAAAGAACUUCUCCAACGGUAUCAGCACGGUAAAAACGAAGUCGAUAAUCAAGUUUCACAUAUUGUUCUCUUUGAACUUAUCAUUGAUCGACUUCUCCUUGUUUUACAUGGUUCGUGGCGUUAUUUACAUGAAAUGCAAUCAACUCUCUUACCAAAUACUAUCGAUUCUUCAUCUACAGCCAAUCAACAGUCCAGUCUCAGUGUUGGCUUGGUUGUGAAGAAAUAUUGGAAUAAACUUCUACAUUUAUCAACUGUGCUUCAGCAACACGAGAACGAACGCAAACGAGUAUUAAUUAACGGUGCUAAAACAGCACCACUAGCUCGUUCUAAGAUCAAUGUAAAUACUGAAAAACGUUCUCAAACUGUCGAAACAGCACUUGGGCCAUGUCAAUCAUGUUUAAAACUUCAACAAUCUCUUCGUGAUCAUGGUGAUAGUGUAAUUAACUUGUGUCAUACAUACAAUUUGCCAUCCUCACUUGCUCAACAUCGAUGUUCAACAAGUACAGAGAUCUUCUCAUCGGAUGAAGUUAAUCACUGGUCAGAUUCUCAAGCAAAAGAUAUGGAUCGUUUAUUAAAACAUCUUCAAUAUCUGAACAACACACUGAAUAAAACUAAAAGUGAUUUACAAUUGAACGAAAAUCGCUGUAAGAAACAAGACGAAACGAAUCAUCGUUUGCAGCAACAAAUCAAUGAUGAUAAACAAUCGAAAAAAAUUCUACAAGAAUUACACGAUAAAAAGUUCAAUGAAUUAAAGAGAGAAUCGGAACAGCAAGAAAAAAGUCUCAAUGAGCAAAUUCACUUAUUAACAAAUCAAAAGCUUCAAUUGGAACAACAGUUAAAAGAAGUCAACGAUUUAUGUUCAUUAAAAAGCGAACAAAUGGAAAAAUUAGAAAUAUCGAGAAAUGAAUUGAAAACAUUGAUUCAAGAUCGAUUCAAAUCGGAUGAUGUUAUUAAAACAUUAGAACAAGAUCGUGUACGUUUACAAACGGAACUGGAUUUAGUCAAACGAGAUUUAGAAGAACGAAAUCGAGAAUUGCAGAAAGAAAGGACUCGAAUUGAAAAUAUGAUUCGACAAGAACAAAAUUAUCAAUCAAAACAAAAGACAUUGACAACAUCCUACGAUGAACUCACUCAGGAAUGUGAAUUAUUGAAAAAACAAGUAAACGAGCUUGAUGUUUCUCGAACUGAACUAGAGAAGAAACUUGAUGCUGUUCAAAAACAAAAUCGACCGUCUGUCGAUACGCAUCAAGUUCAAUCGUUAAUGGAAACAAAUAAUCAUCUACUGGAAGAAAUUAGUAUGUUAAAGUCAAGUUUGGAACAAUUAGAUCAACAACUUCAACAAAUGGAAGAACGUGAACAAAUGUUAUUACAGUAUCCUGAUUUUAAUGGUCCUAUUGAGCAUGAACCACCUUCACAUAAUAUUGUUGUUGAUAUGCAAAAUCAAAUGCGUACAAAUGAAAUUCGUAUUGAUCUAUUACGAAAGCAGAAUGAAUCAUUGAAAAAUUCUAUAGAAAAGCUCAUGUCGAUGAAUAAUACGUUACCAACAAUGGUCACGGAAGAACGUUAUGAAGAGUUAAGGACUCAAUCGAGACAAGAACAAGUACCGAGGAAAUCUUCAUUUGUGAAUGAAUCUAUUGUAUCGAAAGCAAAACCAACGCCCUUGUGGUUGCUAAAUAAUGAAAUUCUCGAGCAACAAAAACAACAGCAGCAAGCUUUCACAGAAACAAGACCUGCGCCAACCUCACAUUACAUUCCACGUUUUAGCGAAAAUGACUAUGUUGCUAAUGGAUGGAUAAAAUCCGAACAAGAUGUUUUUCCCCUUCCACAAACGAAUAUUGAUCGUGAAAAUUCACCGAAACAACAUGAUCGAUCAUGGACAACUAAUUCUACCCGUAUUCAAUCAACAGAGCUAAUGAUCACAUCCGAAUCGCGACCACCAACUGUCGCACAUUCUUCGCGAAGUUCGAACAAUGGUCGUACAUCAACUAUUCCUCCACCUUCUGAUUACGAAAUGAUCAUCGGUAAAGGUCGCGCGACAAAUCGACCAUCAUCAGCAUCGAAGAAUCGAUUUGCACCAACUGAUAGUGCUCGCCGUGAUACUUCAUUACCGAAAAGUUCACGAACAGCAGGAUCUGCCAAACCACAAAGAUCUGCAACAAGUACAGCUAUCCACCAAUGUGCAACUUGUAAUAAAACAUAUGAUGACAAACGAAAUUAUGACAUACACAGAUUAUACUGUAGGACUUAA